AUGAUUGGAGAUCUCACGGACGGUGCUACCACUGUGGUUGGAAGACGAGUGCGCGACUGCAUUGCCUCAGGCUCAUCAUGCGAAGACCAAUCAACAAAGAGCUAUGAGCGUCCCGGCGACCUAGAAAGUGACGCUUGCCAAGCGGAUUCGUGCUGUGUGUGGGAUUUCAUCCAACAAGACCUGGUUCCAAGGUUCCGCGACGGAAAUGGCACUUGCAAUGGCCUUGCCAGAGCCGCCGUGAGACUGGGAUUUCACGAUGCUGGGGCAUGGUCAACAACAAGCGGUGCUGGUGGUGCCGACGGCAGUUUAGUGCUAAGCUCAGAUGAGAUCGAUCGACCGGAGAACAACGGUCUGCAAGAGAUUCGAUCUGAAGCACUACGGUUGCUGGACAGGUACCCUGGAGUCUCGGCGGCUGAUCUGGUACAAUUUAUGCACAACAUCGCAACCGUGACAUGUCCUCUUGGCCCUAGAAUGCUGACUCUGGUUGGACGCGAAGAUAGUCGGGACGCAAAUCCCGCGGGGCUCAUUCCAGGGAACAAUGGGACCGACGCGUCGUAUCUCAUUGAGUUGUUUGAGAAUAAAACAAUCUCAGCUCGAGAUCUAGGUGCCCUUCUCGGAGCGCACACGGUUGCUCGGCAAUUUCAUCUCAAUCCGUCGCGCGCGGGCCAAGGACUCGAUACAACGCCUGGAAUUUGGGAUAUGAAUUUCUAUCGAGAGAUGGCGCUUUCGAGUCCUCCUCCAGGUGUCUUCCGACUGCCAAGUGAUGAGGCACUUUCUCAAGCCGACGGCACUAGUCAACGGUUUCAAGCGUUUACAGAUGUGACUUUUGGUCAAACGGUUUGGAAUCGGGAUUAUUCUUCGGCAUAUGCGCGCCUCAGUCUUCUUGGCGUCAACAAAAUCAAUCAGCUUAGUGACUGCACCCGAGUGCUGCCUGAUGCUGUAACCUCAUUCUCGGCACCUUCAGCAUCAUCGUCGGCCUCGGCUGGACAUGGGGCAUGGAUGGGGACUGGAGCUGUCUGCUCGUAUAAUACCACAGGUUUCAAGCCGAACCGACAGCGACGAGGAGACUAUCUCGAUGACCACCAAGGAACAAUUCAAGUGGCAGCCAAGCGAAUGCCCGCUCCACUUGCCAGCAUUUGCAAGGGAUCGACGGUACUGGCGUGGACAUGGAAUAAGUAA